UGCUCGCUGCCGUCUCUCUCACCAAAACCAAACAACGAUCGAUCACUGAAUACACCACGGUUCAAUCAAGUCACCAAAGAAUAGUGGUGCGGAAAAUGAAAAGACAAAAGAAAAGCGAAAUAGACAGACUCAGUGACUUACCGGAUCAUCUCCUUUUGCAUAUAAUGCAAUUUAUGAUUGCAAAACAUUGUGUCCAGACUUGUGUUUUGUCUAAAAGAUGGAAAAACCUUUGGAAAUGUCUCACUAAUAUCAAGUUAUUUGAUCCAUACAAUGGUGUUAUCUUCGAUGAGUUUGUAUCCCAGUUUCUAUCUUGUCGUGACAAUUCUGUUCCCCUUCAUAACAUAUCAUAUAAGAACAAUGUACGUAGGAAUUAUGAAAUUCCCCCUAAAACUACAAAUAUUCUUGUAGAGAUCAUGGAAUAUGCUGCGUCGCAUAACGUGCAACAACUAGAAAUUAAAGCUAAAACAGACCACAUAAGAAAUCUUGAGUUGCCCCCUUCCAUUUUUAAUUGCGAUUCUUUGACAUCUCUUACUCUUUUCUUGCGGGGUGUAUCUAAAUCCACUACCAAAAUGUUUCCAAAAUCUUUGAACUUGCCGGCAUUGAAAACUUUAACACUUGUGCAAUUCACUUUCUUUACUAGUAGUGACAAUGGCUAUGCUGAGCCGUUUUCAACAUGUAAUAUGUUGAACAAGUUGGUCAUUUUUGCUUGUAAAUUACAAGAUGAUGCUCAAGGCCUUUGCAUAUCCAAUUCUAAACUUUCUAAUUUGGCCAUAGGUACUAUGAAUCGUCGUUCCAACAUUCACAAAGUUAUACUUUGUACUCCAAAACUUAAAUCUCUCACUAUCAUAGGGAUUCCUCCUAUUUUCCCAGCCCCUUCUACAUGCAGUUUAACAAAUUUGUUGGAAGAACUAAAAUUUGAUUGUAUGUAUGGGUCUACUAUGGGAGAAGAUAUCUUGAUUAGUUGGUUGCAUUUGAUUGCUAAAGUCAACAUAAUGACUCUCAGUUACAAAAUCCUUAAAUUAAUGGUUAAUAUUCUGAAAAAUAAUAGUUCAAUGAGAGCUCAACUUCCUAGUUUUGUUAAAUUGAAGUCAUUGAAAGUGGAAGCUUACCCAUGGAAAUGUGACGACAGAAUAAGAGAAAUGGUAUCAUAUCUACUUCAAAAUUCUCCACCACCUGCCACCUUUGAUAUCGUUACUGUAGUGAAAUGUGAAGCUACCGUAAUGAAAUAUGCUCUUGCGUUUGUUUUGUCUAAUGGUUUUGAAAGAGUUAUCUUCGAAGAUGACUGUCAACAGGUUGUGAAUGUUUUGUGUAAUGAUUAUUUGUAUGUGAAUGAGCUUGACACUUUGCUCUCAACUUGUAGUUUCCUUUUCAAUUCUAAUGAUAAUUACAAUAUAGUUUAUGUUAUGAGACAAGUUAAUAUGGUCGCUCAGAAUCUUGCUAGAGCAUCUUUAUUUUAG